GAAGUCGGUCCCGUGACAAAUAGCUUCAGGAAAAACGUCAGUAAACUUUCGGGACAGCUUUAGUUGGCAGUUCCUUCACAAGCAAACAUUAUGGAUACCGGAAAAUCCAGCUUCUGCUCGUUUAUCUGUGGAAAAGUUUAAGAGGUUCCACACAACUAAGGUUGGGAUUUCUGGUUUGGACUUCCUCUGGAUUGUGCUGUGCGUUCUGGGGAAACUUGGUUAAAAGAAUGGACAGCAAGUUGAGUCUUUGAACUGUGCUCCAAAGCGGAGCACUAAGGAACCGCUGUUAUACAGAGCUGCCUUCAUUGAGUCCGGUCUGGAAGAACCACGAGGAUGGACGCUCGUUCAAACUGCCCUAAUGUCAGCAUCCCCUGCCACAAUGAGCAGAGAGACAAGAAAAAACGUUAUACUGUUUACAAAGUGAUGGUCAGAGUUGGAAGGCAUGAGUGGUUUGUCUUCAGGAGAUAUACAGAAUUUGAUAAACUUUAUAAUACAUUGAGAAAACAGUAUCCUGCUCUGAAUCUGAAGAUACCUGCUAAGAGAAUAUUUGGUGACAACUUCGACCCAGAGUUUAUAAAGCAGAGAAGAACAGGGUUACACGAGUUCAUUCAGAAAAUCGUGUCCCUUCCACAGCUCAGCAGUCACUCUGACGUUCGAGACUUUCUUCAAAUGGACAAAACCCAAAAUGUCUCAGAUAUCUCAGAAGAUGAAGAUGAGAAGAAUACCUCUACCUCCAGAAAUAUUAACCUGGGACCUUCUGCAAACCCUCAAGCAAAACCCACCGACUUUGACUUCCUAAAAGUGAUUGGUAAAGGGAGCUUUGGAAAGGUCCUCCUUGCAAAGAGGAAACGAGACGGGAAGUGUUAUGCAAUCAAAGUGCUUCAGAAAAAAGUCAUUUUAAAAAGAAGGGAGCAAAGGCACAUCAUGGCUGAGCGCAAUGUGUUGCUAAAAAACGUGAAGCACCCUUUCCUAGUUGGAUUGCACUAUUCCUUCCAGACAACGGAUAAGUUAUACUUUGUCUUGGAUUUCGUCAACGGUGGGGAACUAUUCUUUCACCUACAAAAAGAGCGAACGUUUCCUGAGUUCAGGGCGAGGUUCUACAUAGCUGAGAUGGCAAGUGCACUGGGCUAUCUACACUCUCUUAACAUUGUUUACAGGGAUUUGAAACCGGAAAAUAUCCUGUUGGACUUCCAAGGGCAUGUGGUCUUGACGGAUUUUGGACUGUGCAAAGAGGGAAUUUCUCAAGCAGACACGACAACCACAUUUUGUGGGACACCAGAGUAUCUGGCUCCGGAAGUUUUGAGAAAACAGCCCUACGACAACACCGUGGAUUGGUGGUGUCUUGGUUCUGUACUAUAUGAGAUGUUGUAUGGCCUGCCUCCGUUCUACAGUAGGGACACGCAUGAAAUGUAUGAUAACAUCUUGCAUAAGGAGCUGCCACUGCGCCCCGGGGCAUCUAUGAUCGCCUGGUCCAUUUUGCAGGCCCUUCUGGAGAAAGACAACACCAGGAGGCUGGGAUACAAAGACGACUUUAAUGAAGUUAAAAGCCAUGCAUUUUUUUCUUCCAUUAACUGGGAUGACCUUGUGCAGAAAAAAAUCCCACCUCCAUUUAAUCCCAGUGUGGAGUCCCAGUAUGACAUAUCAAAUUUUGAUCCUGAGUUCACAGAAGAAACCGUACCCAAUUCGGUGUGCAUCUGCAGGGACAACUCCAUUGUCAAUGCAAGUGUCAUGGAGGCUGAUGAUGCUUUUCUGGGUUUUUCAUAUGCUCCACCUUCAGAUGACUUUUUCCUGUAAAGAACUGUACUACAGCUACUUUAUGCUACCAGAAAUGACUUCUGUGUUCACCUUCAUUAUGGAAAACAAAAAUUCAAUGGCCAAACAAAGUCAUUGUGCACUUGACAGAUGGACAGACAUCUUAUGAUGCAGGGUUUUUUCACCAUUUUUUUUUUUUUUUAUAUUUCAACAACAGAUUUCUAUUUUGUAUUGUGUAUAAACCCGAGAAACUGUUAUAGCUCAGGUAUUAUGUUUCCUCUUCCCUUGAUUAUUUUCUACAGUGGCAGGUUUUUUUUUUGUCGGGAAAACCGUGUAAGGUAUUUUGAAUCCAGAUAUGUACAUUCCACAUGUAAUACCACAUAAUGAACUUUAUUUUUUAUGGCACUUAUGAUUAUUGGUUUGUCCUCCUUUGAAAAAUGACUCAGAAGAAUACAUUACAAGGCCAUUUUUUCCCCAGAGUAUUUUUCCCAGAUAUCUUUUUUUUUUUUUUUUUACCACCAAAGAUAUGUUUUGAACUAACAUAAAAAUGUAAAUGUCGUAAAUUGUGUAACUGCAGGAUUGAAAUGUAGUAAAUUGUGGAUAUGUUGACCAA